AUGAGCUCGAGGGGAGGCAGAAAAGAGAGGCCCAGUCAGGGCGGUGCAGGUGGCUCAGAAGAGAUUCAGCUAUGGCAUCAAGUCCGCUCCCAGCUGCGCAUACUCGAGAAGGCGCGCAUACAGGCCAAGUCCCUGGAGGACGACAUCGAGGAGACCAAAGUGGAGCUCGAGAGCAUCGCAGAUGAGCACAUUGAAGCCAAGCGGCAGGCCCUGAAGAGUGCUCUCGCUACCCUCCUGGCCAAGACAGUGGAGGAGCAGCAAGCGGCUGACAAGGCUCUCGAAAGCCUUGGCAUCUUAGCAGCGCUUCGUACAGCAACCUCGGACGAAAGCAGUAAUGACCUCACGAAGAGGAAAAGGCGGAGAGUGGGCAGCUCGCCGGGGCCCACGCCUUCGCCCGCCCCGCGAGCCAGCUCGCCCACGAACCGCGGCAAUGCCGCUGACGCCAAGGAGCGUACGCUCACACCCGAGCCGGUGUCUGCCACGACGGCGACAAGACCAAUUGCCAAGCGCAACAACAGCAGCACAAAUACGUCUGCUGCCGCCGUAAAGCUCGAAAAGCCUCCCACGGCGCGCAGAAACACCACUUCAUCGAGGGACAAAGAGGCAGCAACUGCUAGCAACUCCUUUGAGAAGAUGGACCCAGCGAGAGCAAGAAGAGAAGCUCUCGCUCACCAGCUCCCACUGGCCAAAGGUCGUCGCGUUGCCUUUCGCCAGCCGAGCAAGAACAAGAGCGGCACAGUCACUCCUUCUGCAAACCAGAGCUCCUUUGGCGGCAGCGGCAGUGGUGGUAGUGGGCAGACGAUUACGGGCGACGAAGAGGGCGAGACGUGGAUCAUGGCGGUCAUCACCGAAUGCAUCAAUAACGACCGCAACCGUUAUGUGGUGCAGGACGUAGAGGACCCAUCGACGCCCACGUUCAACACUACACUCAAAGCCAUCGUGCCUCUGCCAGAACCGCCGGGAACGUUACCUGAGAAGGACUACCCGCCAGGAGCCCAAGUCAUGGCCCUGUACCCCGACACGAGCUGCUUCUAUCGGGCAAUCGUCAAGGGCGGCGGGCCGAAAAUGGACUCGCUGUCGAAGAAGCAGAGAGAGAAGCGGCACGCCGAGCUGCUCAAUGCGAACUACCAGCUUGAGUUCGACGACGAUGGAGGCGAUAUCAAAAACAUUCCAGCCUACCUCGUAGUGGAGCGACCAUAG